AUGUCCAGAAUAUCUUUGAAUAUUCUUUUGCUGGCCAAAGUUCUAUUAGCUCAAGACAAUAGAAAUAACUCCAAUGAUGAGGAUUAUCAGCAAUAUGGAUUUACAGUUGAAUAUUCCCAAUUCAUUAAUUCUGCUCAUGAUUUGUACAAGGAGUUGUUCACAAGAAGGGAUUAUCAAGUGUUCUUGGCUCCUAUCAACUCAAAAAUGACGAGGAACGCUUCAGAUUCCGAAAAAUUCGAGAUCACUGUCGCCAUUCAACGGCUCAUGGUGAUUAAUGUGGAUAUGUCUCGUCAAACGAUGGAAAUGUACUUUGAACUUGAGAUGUCGUGGACCGAUAUUCGAUUGGCUUGGGAUCCUCGACAGUUUGACGAUAUAGAGAUUCUCUAUGUUCAUUGUGAUGCCUUAUGGGCUCCUGAAGAGUUGUUUGUGAUGAGUCCAACAAUCAAUGAAGGUCUUCCACAGCGUUUCAAACAGUGCAAAGUUUAUGCGAAUGGCUCGGUGCACUUUGAUAUGUUCGUACAGAUCGAGAACAUCUGCCCGAUGGAAAUUCAAAAAUUCCCUUUCGAUUCACAGACGUGUUUGAUCGGCGUCUCUUCUUUACAAUACGAGUUUUAUCAGCUAAAACUCAAGCCGGGCUUCUUCACGAAAUACAAAGGAAAACAGUUAAAAAGCAAUGGAGAAUGGACGAUUACAAAUACCUCGUCGAACGUUGAGCACUAUGAUUUUGGACCGGACGGAAAUUCUUUUGAUAUGGCAAUCUUCUAUAUCACUUGCAAGAGACAACCGAGUUUCUAUAUUUAUGUCAUUGCUCUACCAUGUUUUCUAUUGACUUUUCUGUCGAUAGUUGGCUGCUUUUGGAAGGCAAAUGCUCAGGAGGAACAGUUGGAAAAGUUAGCCAUUGCUCUGACCUCGAUGAUGUCGAUGACGACCUUUGUGCAAAUGGUCUCCGAGCAAAUGCCGAAAACAUCACAAUUUCCUUUGUUAGGAAUAUUCGUCUUAACCUGUGUCUUCAUCACUUCCGUGGCCUGUGUCAGUCUAAUCGUGUUCACCGAGAAAUGCGUGAAACAGGGAAAAGAAAAAACCUCUCUUUUGGAUCGGAUAAAAUUACACAUGUGGUACAACAUG